AUGAUGGUUCACUGUGCCGGCUGCGAGCGGCCGAUCUUGGACAGGUUCUUGCUCAACGUCCUGGACCGGGCCUGGCACAUCAAGUGCGUCCAGUGUUGCGAUUGCAAAUGCAACCUGACCGAGAAAUGUUUCUCCCGGGAAGGCAAGCUCUACUGUAAGAACGACUUUUUCAGGAGGUUUGGGACCAAGUGCGCCGGGUGCGCGCAAGGCAUCUCCCCGUCGGACCUGGUGCGCAAAGCCCGGAGCAAAGUCUUUCACCUGAACUGUUUCACUUGCAUGGUGUGUAACAAGCAGCUCUCGACGGGCGAGGAGCUUUACAUCAUCGACGAGAACAAAUUCGUCUGCAAGGACGAUUACUUGAGCUCGGCCAGCUUGAAAGAAGGCAGUCUCAACUCAGUGUCCUCUUGUACCGACCGAAGUCUGUCUCCAGACAUCCAGGACCCGAUGCAGGACGACACAAAGGAGACCGACAACUCCACCUCCUCCGAUAAAGAGACCACCAACAACGAGAAUGAAGAGCAGAACUCGGGGACCAAGCGGAGGGGACCCCGGACCACCAUCAAGGCUAAGCAGCUGGAGACCCUCAAAGCAGCUUUUGCUGCCACUCCGAAGCCCACCAGGCAUAUCCGGGAGCAGCUGGCUCAAGAAACGGGACUCAACAUGAGAGUCAUCCAGGUUUGGUUCCAGAACCGACGGUCCAAGGAGCGACGGAUGAAACAACUGAGCGCGCUGGGAGCCCGAAGACACGCUUUCUUCAGAAGUCCUCGACGCAUGCGCCCUCUGGGAGGCCGCUUGGAUGAAUCCGAAAUGCUAGGCUCCACCCCUUAUACUUACUACGGAGAUUACCAAGGCGACUACUACGGGCCUGGGGGCAACUACGACUUCUUCCCGCACGGCCCCCCCUCGCAGGCGCAGUCCCCCGCCGAUUCCAGCUACAUCCCGACCUCGGGAGCCGGCUCCACCCCGCUCGGACCCCUGGAACCCCCUCUCCCCGGGCACCACGCUUCCGAGAACCAAAGGUAUACGGAUAUGAUCUCUCACCCCGACACGCCCAGCCCGGAGCCCGGGCUGCCAGGCUCGUUGCACCCUAUCCCGGGCGAGGUCUUCAGCGGGGGGCCCAGCCCCCCUUUCUCCAUGUCCGGCUACAGCGGGCCCCUCUCGCACCCCAACCAGGAGCUGAACGAGACGGCCGUGUGGUAG